AUGGGUCGGGGGUCUGCGCGUUACUCGUCUCGCGGCGGCGGACGUCGCGGAGGGCGUGGUGGACGCGGGGGACGCGGCGGACGGGGCGGCGGGCGCCAUGACGGCCCGGACUUCCGCGCCGCGGGCUACAACGACGGCACGCCGUGCAGCGUGGACGAGUCCGUGGUGGGCAUCCGGCGCUUCCUGCGGCCCGAGGUGGGCGGCUUCCACGGCGCCACCAAGCAGCGCUACUCGGACUUCGUGGUGCGCGAGGUGGCGCUGGACGGGCGCGUGGUGGAGCUCUCGGACGUGCAGCGCUUCGCGCCCGCCGCCAAGCCGCAGAAGGUGAGCGAGGUGUUCAAGCACAAGGUCUUCGCGCUGCUGAACGACGCCGCCAACGACAAGAUGGACAUCCCCGCGCCCGUGCACACGCUGGUGGGCAAGCUGGCCGGCCGGCUGCUGGGCAUGUUCAACGCCAACAAGCGCGCGCGGGCGCUCAAGCAGGAGAAGGAGGACGUGCAGAGGCUGCGCGCGGCCAUCGCCGACGUCUGCGGGCAGGAGACGGCCGACAAGCUGCAGGAUUUCAUGUUCAAGCUGAUCGACGCGCAGGUGGAGGAGGAGGAGGCCAAGCGCCUCGUGAACAACGUCAACAAGGCCAAGGCGGCGGACGAGAAGAAGGCCGAGGUGGAGACCAAGCCCGAUGAGAAGAAGGAGGCGGAGACGGCCUUCUUCUUCCCGCCCAUCGACGCCAAGGAGACGCGCGCGGCCGUGCACGAGGUGGUGCGCAAGUUCGGCAGCGGCAUUGUCGUCUCGGACACGACGACGAAUAGCGACGGCGUGUCGGUGAUCAGGAUCCGCCGCGUCAUGGUGGGCGGCAAGAAGCGCAAGGACAUGGAUCAGCGCGGCGGGAACAAUGCGCGCGCGCCGUGGCCCAAGAACCGCCCCGACUACCUGCAGUUCGUGCUCUACAAGCGCAACAUGGAGACCAACAGCGUCAUGAUGCAGCUGGCCAAGGCCAUGAACUCGAACGUGGCCAACUUCACGUACGCCGGCACCAAGGACAAGCGCGGCAUCACGACGCAGCUCUGCACGGUGUACCGCGGCUCCAAGGAGAAGCUCGAGACGCUCAACCGCGCUGGACGCGACCUCGACUCGUUCAACUUCCUCGUAGGCAACGCCACGUACGUCCCGGAGCGUCUGAACCUCGGAGACUUGCGCGGCAACCGCUUCUCGCUGGCCAUCCGUGACCUGCCGGACGAUGAAACCAUCUCGGACGAGAAGAUUCACGACGCAGUGCGGAGCUGGGGCGAGCACGGCUUCAUCAACUACUUCGGUCUGCAGCGCUUCGGCACCAAGGCCAUCGCCACCCACGAGAUCGGCCGCGCGAUCCUGCAGCGCGACCACAAGCGCGUGGUAGAGCUGCUGCUGUCUCCGCAGGAGGGUGAUGCUACCAAGAUCCGCGAAGCCCGUCAAGCGUUCCAGGAGAACCAGGACGUUGGUGCUGCGCUGAAGGCGCUGCCCCCGUAUCUGAUCGCUGAGCGCGCUGUACUGCAAGGACUCCGCGCGCACGGUCUGACAGCGUACGCCACUGCUAUCCAGAGCAUCCCGCGUCACCUCCGCAUGAUGUACACGCACGCGUACCAGAGCUACGUCUGGAACACCGUCGCCAGCGAGCGCUUGACCGAGUUCUCCAGGGAAGCACCCGUGGUGGGAGAUCUCGUGAUUCCGCAUGACAAGAUGACCGAGGAGUACGUUGAUGACAACGAGAACGGUGACGCGGGUGAUGACGAGGAUGAAGCCCCCGCUAGCAAGAAGCCCCGCACAUCCGCUGAGGCCUCGCGCCCAGACGCAAGUGUUACCGUUGUCACCGCGGAGAACUUGAGCCAGUACAGCAUCUACGACGUCGUCCUCCCGUUGCCCGGAUACAGCAUCAUGUACCCGGAGAACGCGCUGAAGCAGCGCUAUGAAGAGAUCAUGAAGGCUGAUGGCGUGGACUUUCAAGCUCUGGAGCGCGCGACCAACUCCGAGUAUCAUCUGCCAGGCUCCUACCGCCACGUUCUCAGGAAACCUGUGGAUGUGAAGCAUGAGCUCAAACGAUUCAACGACCCAACGGUGCCGCUGUUGGAAACGGACGUCGACCGUCUCGCUGGCCGCGCUGCACAAGCCUCCAUCCCGGACGCCAAGUCCCGCGCCCUGUGCCUUGAGUUCCAAUUGGGCCCGUCCUCGUACGCGACGAUGGCGGUUCGUGAGCUGCUCAAGCAGAGCAGUAACCUCGACGUGCAGCUCCAGUUGAAGCAGAAGCUUGAUGCUAAGGCGAGUAAGUAA